UCUCCACCCAUUCACAAUAACGGAAGUCAGAAACGGACGAGUUGGCAGCCCGACAUCAUAUUUUGGUUGACCGCCGCAAAGAAAGUAGUUUUUAUACUCAAAGUACGACAUAAUGAGCAUGAACGACUUAAUGCGCGCGCUGGACUGGUUAAAUGUGGAAUCGACUCUGCAACACGCGGCCCUGGCGUCCGAGACGUGCACAGGCAGAACUUUGGGCGAGGAUCGCGAACCCUUGUGGGUGGAGGGCAGAAAACAAAGUCCAAAAGCAACCGUAAUAAAGGAGGAACUCCCAGAUAUUAAGGAGGAGGCGCCCCAGCCGCCAGUAUCCGUCUUUGAGCCCAGUAUAUCCUGCUUUCCCGACGUACAGGCCAUCAACGCCAGCAUUGUGAGGCGAGAGCUUGCGGAGGAAGGCAAAAGGUGCGUUCGCCAACAGUUGAAGGCCCUCAAGGACAAACAGGAUGCACUGCGGCAGUCACGCAAAUCCUUGCAAAAGGAGGAGGAGCGCCAGCGAGACCAGUUGCAGCAAAGGGCGCUGCGGGAGCGCAACGAAAUCCUGCUAGUCCAGAAGGCCGACCAGAUGACCAAGGCCCAACUGGAGGACCAGCAUCGCGAGCAGUUGGCCCUGCGCCAACAGACUGACCAAAAGCUGCACAAACUGGCCCUGGAGGGCGUGUCCCGCUGCCAAAGGAGAUUUAACCAGAAGUACGAGGGUAUUGCCAGGAUACUUCUCUCGCUUGACAGAGAAACGGUCCAGGUGUGCUCCACCCAGAACACACAGCUCAAGGAGCUGGGCCAGAAGUUCGAACAGCUCGUCAGCACGGUGAAAAUGGGCAAGUGCGAGAUGCAGAGCCAGUUCCUGUGCUCCAUCCUUAAGGCGGAGGAGUGCUGCAAGAGCCUAGAUGCCUUGGAAAUGGACAUUAUAAAGCAGCUGGCCGAGUUCUCCGAGCAAAUCCAGCAGCAACUUAAGAUGGAGGCGGACAAGAAGCUGGAAGAGGAACGUCAGCGGCAGCUAGAGGAGGAAAAGCAGCGACAGGAGAAAGAGUUGUCGGAGGCCAAGGAGAAGCAGCAACUGGCCGAGGCUGCCAAGGCAGAAGCGGCCAAAGCUCCUGCUCCCCCGGAAAUAAAAAGCCAAGACGUGUCACCUGCCACCACUGCAGCCUCAUCUUGUGUCCACCCAGACCGACUGACGUUCUACAACGAAAUCAUUUCGCUGUAUCAGUCCAAAGUGGAUGCAGUAAAGCCGUUGCAAACGGAGGAGUCGCUGAAGCAGUACCGCACCGGCUGCCAGAGAGCCAUCAAUCUGCCCCUUAACGCCAUUUCAGCAGUCAGUCCGCAGCAUCUGGGCCAGAACUUUGACAAACUAUACAGCUUCUUUGCCGGGCAGCCUGUUAAAGUUAUGAAUGGCUCUACCAUUACCAUUAACGACCAUCCGCUCGCCCGAGACUAUUGCAUGCUUCUGAUGGCCAAGAAGUUUGUCAGUCAAUCGGAGACCGCCAUCUCCAGUAAUCCGCAGGCGGCGUUUCCCUUCGCCUCAGUUAUUAUCACUUUCUGGAAGCUGCUGCCCGACUUUGGCAAGGUCUUCCUGGCCUACAUGUACAAGGAGUCGCCCUUUUUGGUGCCCUAUGUAAUACCCCAACAGCAAGGACAGACCCCGGAGCAGUAUCUGAAGUCCAUAGGCUAUCGGCUGUCGGACAAAAACGAGCUGGAGAAGCCAGACAUUUACUUGAAACGACAGACGGGAGUCGCUCGCCUCUACGCAGCUGUGAUCAUCACCCAAGGACGCAAGGGAGCCGGGCCGGAACAGUGCUUCGAGCUGGAGGAGGGCUGGCUUUGGCUAUCCCAUAUGGUGAACGUAAAGCCGAUCCCCGACAUCAGUGCCACCAUGAUCAUGGAGAUGCUGCAGACCCUCGGCUACGAGCUGUUACGCAGCUACGGCAAGCAGUUUAUGAAGCUGCUGAUCUACAUUCAAAAUAUCUACAUGCCCCAGCUGGCGGCCUAUGACGAAGGCGGCCCGAAAACACGGCUGGAAAUGCUUCUGGCCAAGUUCCUUCGUGAACGUCAGAUCCCCCAGGCCAUCGGAGUUUUGCCGCCAGGCUUUUGGUAGUCUUACGACUUAGUAUAUUAAUAUUAAAUAAUUUAAAAAAAUUUUAAUUUAAGGAAUGUUCCUAGUAGUCAUCAGUUGGUUUAAAAUAUACUCAAUGAGACAAAGACAAC